AUGUCUCGCCCGGAUACGAGCUUUCUGCUGAUGCUCUGUGCGUCGUCCCAGACGCGUCGUCGCUCCCUCGAGACGCUCCGAGACUUGAGACGCCGGCUGCACGACGAGCGCAGGCGCUGGGAGUGGCAGCGGCUCACCCGAAUGCGCCAUUACAUCACCCUGGACUGCCUAAAGGAGCCUGAGCAGUCUUCUUGGAUGGACACCUGGCUCAAAGGAACCGACGAGAAUAUGAUAAAUGUGACGAGCCUGUCUCGGGCCUUGUUCAACCUUCUACUAUCUCGCUUUGCGCCUCAUUACGAGAUUCCCAUCUUCUACUCGAAAGGAGGGCGGCCUCGAAAGCUCCAACACCACCAUCAGGUGUUGGGCUUGCUUCUA